AUGGAUCGUGCUCUCUGGAUCUCCAUGGUAUUGGUGCUGUUUUCUGUGAAUACAUCUGCUUCCCAGACCCAGCGAUCCCAGUGCCAACAGCUGAGACAGAAGUGCAUGGCUGCAGACAAUGGAUGUGAAAGUGUCUGGAAUUUACUGGAGGAAGUUUGCUUCAGCACAGGGGACAGCUGCACAGUGAAAGAUUCCUCUAACUGUAAUAAAGUUAUCCAGUUCUUAAUUAACCUGUACCCAGAGUUUAAAGACUGCAUGUGCAUCAAAGACAACUGCAGCAUCAAAUCAUUCCAUGGCCAGCAAUGCUUCAAAAAUCAAGGAAAAUCAGAGUCUUCUUCUGCCAUGAACGUUCACCCGAAGUUUCUGCAGCAAACAAAAUCAGAACAGGAAGCUCUCUCAGGUGUAAGAGAAAGUGACUGCUCUGUUGCCAAGGAAAUGUGCCAGGCAGAUGAUGCUUGUUUUACGCAAUAUCAGACUUUCCAAAGGGUCUGCAGAGCCACAUGUAGCCUCCAGCAAUGCUUGGAAGCACGGAAGGCACUUGAGGACACAGUCCUAGGGAAGUGCACCUGCCCAGAACCUGUGCAGAAAAGAUGCACUGAAGUAUGGGAAAAUAUAUUUAAUAACACCUGUUUACAGCACACACAGGUGUAUCAGGUCUCAACAAUUACUAAGGAAAUCCACACAGAGGAGGGAAUUCAAGGAUUCAGUGCAAAUAAAAUGGAAAUAAAAUCACAAUGGAAGCCAUCAGCUCUUUCGAACUAUGAAUACAAACAUAGGCAGUCCUGCUUCCAAGUAAAUGUGGAAUGUGUUAACGACGAAGUCUGUAACAGACAAUUAGCUCUGUACCUUCAAGCCUGCCAGUUAAAUGGAACACAGUGCAAUGUUCAUCGAUGCCAAGGAGCCCUGCGGGCCUUCUAUGAAAAUAUGCCUUUCAACAUUGCCCAGAUGAUGACGUUCUGCGACUGCAUCCAGUCAGAUGAAAACUGCCAUCGAGCCAAAGAGCUCCUUCAUGGCCAACCAUGUGCAGUCCAUGCCAUUCCACAACCUUCCUGUCUCAGUGUAAUUCAUUCAUGCCAAGCAGACAACCUCUGUUGGGCCAAGUAUCAGGCCUUUACAUCAAAGUGUUUGGAGCCCGUCAGCCAAGCAUGCCUCGAAGAUAAAGACUGCCUGCAGUUUUUGGGCUCAGAUGAUCUGAUCUGCUCCAACAGCACUGAGUGCAGAGCGGCUUAUGUGAGCCUCUGGGGGUCUGUCCUUCGAGUUGAAUGCACCUGUGACACCUCGCCCGCGGAGGAACUCUCGGUAUGCAGAUGGUUCCAGCAGACACUCCACAGCAAAUCCUGCCUCAAUCAAAUAUCAGGUGGAAAGAUAGAUCUUAACUUAUCCUCUAUGGAUCUACAUGGAGAAAUACUCCCUGCAACUGGCGAACAGUCUUUGUCUUAUGAUGACACAAUCAUCAUCGCUAUCUACAUCUCUUGCCUAAUCCCGAUCCUGGGAAUCAUCUUGCUGGCUUUAGUAAAAAGCAGAGCUUGCACAACUGCUUAUCAGGCCAAGACUAUUUCACCAGCUCAUUUAUCUGAGAAACUUAUGAUACCUAAACCAGCGUGGAUCAUCGACAUGGAUAAUGCUCCUUCAGGUUCCUCUUUGUAG